GCAUUGGAUCAAGACAGAACUGCACUACAGAAGGUGAAAAAAUCUGUGAAAGCAAUAUAUAAUUCGGGUCAAGAUCAUGUUCAAAAUGAAGAAAACUAUGCACAAGUACUAGAUAAAUUUGGAAGUAAUUUUUUAAGUCGGGAUAAUCCAGAUCUGGGCACAGCUUUUGUAAAAUUUUCCACCCUUACGAAAGAAUUAUCAACACUGCUGAAGAACCUGCUCCAGGGUUUAAGCCACAAUGUUAUUUUCACUUUGGAUUCCCUCUUAAAAGGAGACUUAAAAGGUGUUAAAGGGGACCUAAAAAAACCUUUUGACAAAGCCUGGAAGGAUUAUGAAACCAAAUUUACAAAAAUUGAAAAGGAAAAAAGAGAACAUGCAAAACAGCAUGGGAUGAUAAGAACUGAAAUAACAGGAGCUGAGAUAGCAGAGGAGAUGGAGAAGGAGAGGCGGCUAUUUCAGCUACAAAUGUGUGAAUAUCUUAUUAAGGUUAAUGAAAUCAAGACAAAAAAAGGCGUGGACCUUCUGCAGAACCUUAUUAAAUACUAUCAUGCACAAUGCAAUUUCUUUCAAGAUGGCUUGAAAACAGCUGAUAAACUCAAACAAUAUAUUGAAAAGUUGGCUGCUGACUUAUAUAAUAUAAAGCAGACACAAGAUGAAGAAAAGAAACAACUUACUGCUCUUCGUGAUUUGAUAAAAUCUUCUCUGCAGCUUGAUCAGAAGGAGUCUAGGAGAGAUUCACAGAGCAGGCAAGGAGGAUAUAGUAUGCAUCAGCUCCAAGGGAAUAAGGAAUAUGGCAGUGAGAAGAAAGGUUACCUUCUAAAGAAGAGCGAUGGGUUAAGGAAAGUGUGGCAAAGAAGAAAGUGUACUGUUAAAAAUGGGAUUCUUACCAUAUCACAUGCAACGUCCAACAGGCAACCAGCUAAACUGAAUUUAUUGACCUGCCAAGUGAAGCCAAAUGCUGAAGAUAAGAAGUCUUUUGAUCUAAUAUCACAUAACAGAACAUACCACUUUCAAGCAGAAGAUGAACAGGAAUACGUAGCAUGGAUAUCAGUAUUGACUAACAGCAAAGAAGAAGCAUUAAAUAUGGCAUUCCGUGGAGAGCAGAGCACAGGGGAAAACAGUUUAGAGGAUCUGACAAAAGCCAUUAUUGAUGACAUACAGAGAUUACCCGGAAAUGAAGUCUGUUGUGAUUGUGGCUCACCAGAUCCAACAUGGCUGUCAACCAAUUUGGGCAUUUUAACCUGCAUUGAGUGUUCUGGAAUACACAGAGAAAUGGGUGUCCAUAUUUCUCGAAUCCAGUCUUUGGAAUUAGACAAAUUAGGAACGUCUGAACUCUUGCUGGCCAAGAAUGUAGGAAAUACUAGUUUUAAUGAUAUUAUGGAAGGGAAUUUGCCUAGUCCUUCACCUAAACCCAGUCCAUCAAGUGAUAUGACUGCACGUAAAGAAUUUAUCACUGCUAAAUAUGUAGAUCAUAAGUUCUCUAGGAAGACUUGUGCAUCUGCAGCAGCUAAGCUGAAUGAAUUACUUGAGGCUGUCAAAUCCAGGGAUUUACUUGCACUAAUUCAAGUCUAUGCAGAGGGGGUAGAGCUGAUGGAGCCACUGUUGGAGCCUGGACAGGAGCCGGGUGAAACAGCACUUCACUUAGCAGUCCGGACUGCUGACCAAACCUCUCUCCAUCUGGUUGACUUCCUUGUACAAAACUGUGGAAACCUGGAUAAGCAAACGGCAUUGGGUAAUACUGUUCUACACUACUGCAGUAUGUAUAAUAAGCCUGAGUGUUUGAAAUUGCUUUUGAGGGGGAAGCCAACUAUUGAUGUAGUAAAUCAAGCUGGAGAGACGGCUCUGGACACAGCAAAAAGAGUGAAAGCUGUCCAGUGUGAGGAGCUGCUUUCUCAAGCCAAGGCAGGAAAGCUGAACCCACACGUCCAUGUGGAGUAUGAAUGGAAUCUUCGGCAGGAAGAAAUUGAUGAAAGUGAUGAUGACUUAGAUGAUAAGCCUAGUCCUAUAAAAAAAGAAAGAUCUCCAAGACCCCAAAGUUUUUGUCACUCUUCGAGCAUUUCUCCCCAAGACAAAAUGACUCAUCCUGCAUUUAGCACUCCUAGGGACAAGCAAAGACUCUCCUAUGGAGCUUUCACCAAUCAGAUUUUUGCUUCUACAAGCACAGAUUCACCCACCUCUCCAACUGCAGACGCUCCUCCUCUUCCUCCUAGAAAUGCUGGCAAAGGUAAGCCAGGCCCACCUUCAACCCUCCCUCUAAGCACUCAAACCUCUAGUGGCAGGAAAAAGAGACCCCCUCCCCCACCCCCAGGACACAAAAGAACCCUCUCUGACCCACCAAGCCCACUACCUCAUGGACCCCAGAAUAAGGGCCCAAUUCCUUGGGGUAAUGAUUUGGGCCCACCUUCAACUAAGGCUGCAAACAAGUUUGAGGGGAUGUCUCAGCAGUCAAG